ACCUCCCCCAGACCCUGCGUAAAGCGGGAGCCUUGUGCACUGGGUACGACCUUAUGGACAUCUGCUAGCAGAAAUUAGGGUUUUCUGUUUAGGGAUAAAGGGACAAGGCUAGUAACAACAAUGAAUAAACUAGGGCAUAUGUUUAUGCUGCAUUUUCUUUCGAAAGAGUUAGUGUGUGUGCGCGCGAAGUGGUGGAUUGCCCCAUGGCAUAGGGUCUUCCUCUUUAACCCACUGCGUCCCAGGUUAAGACCCUAUCCCCUCCCCUCGUCUAGCUUAGAGUAGUAAUAUCGUUUGUAAUCAAGUGGGUGUUAAUAAUUGUUGAAAGCCACUUGUUUAUUAAGAAAAAAGUUAGUUUCAUUCACUACAAAAAUCAUAUAAUAACAUAUCGGAAGUUAAGUUCCAAGGAGAUCAGAACUAUCACUGUGUCCUAUACAACUAUGGUUGAAGGUUGUUAUGCUACGAAGAGGAAAAAGAGUGCUUCAUAUGAUUCGAAAAGGCAGGGUGCACAAAAAAGAAUGCUUAAGGACCCAAUAAGGACCUCUAUGUUCUCCGAAUAUUAAUUGUGUUUGUCUCUACCUUCUUGAUGGUGAUUAACAAGAAGAGAGCUAUUGAAGGAUGGAUCAUAUUGAUCACUGGAAUACAUGAGGAGGUACAGGAAGAUGAUCUUUUUAAUGUAUUUGGCGACUAUGGAGCAAUCAAGGAUUUGCAUCUGAAUCUUGACCGUCGCACUGGAUUUGUUAAGGGUUAUGUGCUGAUUGAAUAUGAGAAGUUUGAAGAAGCUAAGGCAGCAAUAUCGGGAAUGAAUGGUGCCAAACUUUUUGGUCAAACCAUAUCUGGUGAUUGGGCCUUCAGUACUGGUUCCUUCGGAGGCAAUUUAAGGUCACCGGAAUCAAACCGUUCUCGAAGUCCAAGGAGGAGAUACUGAUAUGUUCUAAUGACAUUGGUAACUAAUUGGCAAGUGUCGAUCACUAAUUCUGCGGUACUGUAAGUUGUCUCGAAAGAUUAGGCUAGAACGGAAGUUGCAACACCUGAAUUUACUACGUAUGGAACUAUUGAGAUGGUAUGUAACUAAACAUCCCUAGUUGUACUUGGUUUCUUUGAGAGCCAGUUCUAACUGGGUAUUAAGUUGAUCCAAAUAUAAUGCUGCUGUUAGGGUAAAAAUGUUGUUUCCUUUGCAAUUUGGUUUAGCAGAUGUAGAAGUGAAUGGUAAGCUAGAGUUUAUUUCUACCAGUUGGAUGUACUUGAGGUUCAAGAAACCGCCGACUGUUCAUGUUUUCAGUUCAUGGUAUACGAACAAAUAAA